CAUCUUCUUGCGUUUUCUCGGGAAAGGGAGAGAAAAUCUGAACGUUUUUGUAUUGAAUCGUGGGGAAAUCUGAUGGACGCAGCUUCAAGUUUUCUGUGCAGAAGCAUUCGGAUUCCAUCGACGGCGCUCACGUUCACUAGACCGCCGGUGAAUUACGUUUGUCUCGUCUUCGACAAGAGAGAUGGCGGCGUUCAUGUUUUCCCGACGCGUAAGGUCUUUUGGAGCGGCAAAAGUAAUGUUUUCGAUAAACUCAAAUCUAGGAAAAUCGAGAAGAGGAAUGAUACUGAACCUGUGAGUGUUAGUAGUGAAGCUGUUGUCGAUGAGGAACCGGAGGAGAAGAAGAAGAACGAUAAAGAAUUAAGUCUUUGUGAUUUGAAUCAAAAUGGUAAUCCCUUGGGGCGGAGAGACCUAGGGAGGAACGUAGUGAAGUGGAUUAGCCAAGGAAUGACGGCGAUGGCCUCGGAUUUUGCCACUGCGGAGGUUCAGGGUGAGUUCUCAGAGCUAAGGCAGAACGUCGGUUCUGGUUUGACGUUUGUGAUUCAGGCUCAGCCUUAUCCCAACGCCAUUCCAAUGCCACUAGGGCUUAAAGUCAUCUGUUUGAAAGCUUGCACACAUUAUCCUACCUUGUUCGAUCAUUUCCAGAGAGAGUUGCGUGAUGUUCUUCAAGACCUGGAGCGCAAGAACAUCAUGGAGAUUUGGAAGGAGACAGAGUCUUGGAAGCUUCUCAAGGAGAUAGCAAAUUCAGCUGAAACGGAAAAUUUUGGCUUGUGUCGCGUUCAUAGGGAGGUGGCUCGCAAAGCUAAUCAACCAAACCCUGUUCAGGGAGUUUUUGGGAUAGACUCAGAGAAGGUGAAGGCUAUACAAGCAAGGAUUAAUGAGUUCACCAGCAGCAUUUCGCAGUUACUUCAAGUGGAACGAGAUACAGAACUGGAAGUUACGCAGGAAGAACUCAAUGUUAUCCCUACUCCAGAUGAGAGCUCUGAUUCCUCAAAACCAAUCGAGUUCUUGGUUAUGCACGGUGAAGAUCCACAGGAACUUUGUGAUACAAUUUGCAAUUUGUAUGAAGUUAGUACCUCCCCAGGAUUCGGAGGUAUGCACUUGGUGUUGUUUAAGGUUGGGGAUAAUCACCGUCUUCCUCCUGCUACGCUUUCCCCUGGUGACAUGGUUUGCAUAAGAAUUUGUUACAGUAGGGGUGCUGGAGCAACUUCCUGUACGCAGGGGUUUGUUCACAACCUUGGAGAUGAUGGGUGCAGCAUUGGUGUGGCUUUAGAAUCUCGUCAUGGAGAUCAUGCUUUCUCCAAGCUCUUUGGUAAGAGUGUGAGAAUCGAUCGUAUUCAUGGCUUGGCCGAUGCCCUGACUUAUGAGGAGAAUGGUCUCCAGAAGAAAAAUCCAUCAAUUUCUGUAGUGGCGACUUUAUUUGGGGAUGGGGAAGAUAUCACAUGGCUAGAGCAGAAUGAUUAUGUAGACUGGAGUGAAGCAGAGUUGAGUGAUGAGCCAGUGGGUAAGUUAUAUGAUGAUUCUCAAAGGAGAGCCAUAGCUCUGGGAGUAAACAAAAAGAGACAUGUGAUGAUAGUUCAAGGACCUCCUGGCACGGGAAAGACUGGAAUGCUUAAGGAGGUCAUUACUCUCGCUGUUCAGCAGGGAGAAAGAGUACUUGUAACAGCACCUAUUAAUGCAGCUGUUGAUAAUAUGGUGGAGAAGCUCUCCCAUCUUGGACUAAACAUCGUCCCAGUAGGAAAUCCCGCAAGAAUAUCAUCCGCUGUUGCUUCAAAAUCUUUGGGGGAGAUUGUAAACUCUAAGCUUGCAAGCUUUCGAGCAGAACUUGAAAGGAAGAAGUCGGAUUUAAGAAAAGAUCUUCAGUGUUGCCUGAAAGAUGAUUCUCUUGCAGCUGGCAUUCGGCAGCUCUUGAAACAGCUCGGAAAGACGUUGAAGAAGAAGGAGAAAGAAACUGUAAAGGAAAUACUAUCAAAUGCACAGGUUGUUUUCGCCACUAACAUUGGAGCAGCUGAUCCUUUGAUUAAGAGGCUAGAAACAUUUGAUUUGGUCGUUGUAGAUGAAGCUGGUCAGUGUAUCGAGUCUUCACGUUGGAUCCCAAUAUUGCAAGGGAAACGUUGUAUUCUUGCCGGCGAUCCAUGCCAAUUAGCACCAGUUAUUCUAUCACGUAAAGCUUUAGAAGGUGGGCUCGGUGUGUCUUUGCUGGAAAUAGCUGCAUCUUUACAUGCUGGGCAUCAAAGGAGAUGUAUGGUGGUUGGUUAA